AUGUCUGGCAGUGGUACUGCCAAUCGUAUCAAAGAAGGUGCACGGUCGGCCGCAAGUAAAGUCGAAGAAGCCGCCUCAGAAGUGGUGCACAACCCGGCACAGGUCAAGAAUGACUUCCUUCAUACGCCGCUCAUGCGGGGUGCCCUACCUUUCAUCAAUGGAGGCCUCUCAGGCAUGUUUGCAACAGCCUGCAUUCAACCCAUAGAUAUGAUCAAGGUGCGCCUGCAACUGGCAGGCGAGGGCAUAAGAACGGGACCCAAACCUUCAGCCAUUGGCAUUGCGAAGGACAUAAUCGCCCAAGGCAAGGCCCUUGACCUGUACACAGGUCUCUCAGCUGGUCUGUUGAGACAAGCUGUUUAUACCACUGCAAGAUUGGGACUUUUCGACACCUUUCAGAACAUGAUGCAGGCAAGAGCUCAGAAGCAAGGGACACAAAUAGGCUUCCUUGAACGAGGAGCUGCAGGAUUGACCGCCGGAGGUCUGGCAGCCAUGAUAGGCAACCCCGCCGAUCUGGCCCUCAUUCGAAUGCAGUCGGACGGUUUGAAGCCCAAAGAACAAAGAGCGAAUUAUCGUUCAGUUUUUGAUGCGCUUACGCGCAUUGCCAAAACCGAAGGGAUCGGUGCAUGGUGGGCAGGAGCUUAUCCCACCGUGAUUCGUGCCAUGGCUCUGAACUUUGGCCAACUCACCUUCUUUGCCGAGUCCAAGGCGCAACUGAGGCAGCAUGCCCCCAGCCUAUCAGAAGGCGCCAGGACCUUGAGCGCGUCUGCCAUUGCCGGCUUCUUUGCCUCGUUCUUCAGCUUGCCUUUUGACUUCAUCAAGACGCGCCUGCAGAAACAGAGCAAGAGUCCUGACGGGAAACUGCCGUACAGUGGAUUGUUAGACUGCGCCAGAAAAGUCAUCCGUGAUGAAGGUUGGUUGAGGUUUUAUCGUGGAUUUCCGACAUACUAUGUUAGAAUUGCACCACAUGCGAUGAUUACGUUGAUCGUGGCCGACUAUCUCAAGUUGAUCACCGCUUGA